UGAAAGCAAUGUCCCAAAUCUCAUUCUCGUGGGCAGUCACAAACCAUCCGGUGAAGCUCGUGAAUUUGCCACUGACAAGAUUGAAACUGACCCGACGCCCUCUGGCUGGAAAACACCUGGCCAGCACCAUCAGACUGCGGCAUCCCAAGCUCGCCAUGCCCAGUGGAAGAAAGAUGGAGAGGACGAGACGACGAGCUCGAGCCAGUCUGAGCCCGAGCAGCAGCUCAGACCACCUCUCAAGCUCGUCCCAGGAGUCGCGAGCGUGGGAUACCUGACGAGUGCGCGGGGCUCAGCAGAGCAGCGACGAGGAUGCCACCGUGACCGCAUGAGAGGGCGGACAAGCAGCUGCAGUGACAAGGAGCACGAGCAGGGCCAGGCAAGGCUCGUGCAUGACCCAAGUCAGCGCUUCCGACGCAGACCCGGGAAGCUGCUGCAGGCAAGCAGCAAGGCGACAAGAGGCGGGGAGACCAGAGCUUUACUGCAGUCAGACACUGGCUCGGAGUCGAGGAAGCCUGACGCUACUCCUCGAGCACCCGACGAGCUGGCAGACGAGGGCUGGGCCGAGAGGUGGGAGCUGGGAGGCAGCUGGGGCAUCGAGUCGCUGUCGUCGAGCGACUGGGAGGAGUCGCUGAGGUGGAGGGGACCGUGCGGCAGAGGCUGGGGUGCUGGGGUGCCGGGAGCGAGACGUAGGUUACCUUCCAUCUAA